GGUCAGAUUCCUCUCGCUGCCACACAACGCCCGACGUCUUCUUCCCGCAGCCAUUUUUGAGUCACGCACAGCACGAGCACAGCCCGGCCCCGGCGGAACUGUCAAAAUAAGUAUUUGUUUUUUAUACCAGCGUAUGUGAUUGCAUGGUCUACUGGGACUUCGCAUCUGGCAACCCCUUUUUCGACCUUUUCAGAGAAAUUUCUCACAAAGUGCGGUGUUUGGAUGCUAUUUUUGCGAUAAAAAGCAACAUCUAAAAGCCACAAUGCCCCAGAACUAUUCUACGGCCAUCAUACGUACGCGUAAAUUUAUGACAAACCGUCUCCUAUGCAGGAAACAAAUGGUUUGUGAUGUCCACCAUCCGGAUCUGUCGUCGGUGCCCAAAAAGGAGAUUCGUGACAAAUUAGCCUCUAUGUACAAAGUCACACCAGAUGUUGUGUUUGUCUUUGGCUUCAGGACAGACUUUGGUGGCGGACGAUCUACGGGAUUUGCCUUAAUCUAUGACACCUUGGAUUAUGCUAAGAAAUUUGAACCCAAACACCGUCUGGCCAGACAUGGGCUGUAUGAGAAGAAACGCCCGUCUAGGAAGCAGCGCAAGGAACGCAAGAAUCGUAUGAAGAAGGUGCGAGGCACAAAGAAGGCCAAGGUAGGAGCCGCAUCCAAGAAGUAAACAAGAAAUGGAUUGAAAAAAUAAUAAUAAUAAAGGCGAUUCCUGGCUGAUA